AUGCUCAGAACAAUAACAGCCGCUCUAUUUCACCCCACCACCAAGUUGUACUAUUUACCCCUCAAGGCUUUCCUCUCACACUCGCUUCACAAACCCCAGCGGUUAAUAAAUCGACAAAGCUACCCUCGAGCUGAUAGAACAAUCUUAUCCAUCAACACACCUCGUUCUCUAUCAUCUACAGCAGUUCCCCAAAUUUCUAACGAAACGACUUCUGAUUUGGACAGUAGUUACUUAUCUUGCUCAAUGAACAAUAGCAAGCACCCUCUCAAAAUUACGGUUCUUCUCGGUGGUGGCGUUGAUAGCAAUAUCGCACUUCGCCUCCUCCACGCAGUCGGACACUCCUGCACCGCUUUCUACCUUAAAAUCUGGUUCAAAGUGCAUAUGCUUUUCUUUUUAUUGACAUUACAAUGCAUAUACGAAUCAAAUCAUUCAGGUGCGUUCAUGGAUGCCAUCAGUAACAUGGAUUUUGAGUUUGUUUCUUUUGGACAUUAUGCAAAAGUUAUUCACCCCCUUACAGAUGAAACCAAUGAGCUUUCAUUUCUUGAGCAGUCCAAGGAUAUGGUGCGGCAUGGCCCGGUUUUCUAUGAUUGCAGUUUGCAUAUAGAAGAAAAAGAUGUUAUUGGCACCCUCCAAUUACCUGAAGGUGAUCAGGGUCGCAGCUGGCCCAUUUGCAGCUUUUUAUCAACAAGAGCUUUGUGUGGGGUCACGGUCCUUGCACAACAGGUUCUUGAUCAAUGGGCCAAAAGUGGUGGCAUAAGUUACAACGAUUAUGCUGAGCUUUGUGAUAAAAAAGAGGCUGUCUCCAAGGUUGAUGUAGCACUGGAAGUUGUACAUCUGACAGAUGAAUAUUGGGACAAAGUGGUUUCUUACCUUAUUGAUGAGUAUAAAUGUGGGCGUACACCUAACCCUGUUGUUCUUUGCAAUACAAGAAUCAAAUUUGGUGCGUUCAUGGAUACCAUCAGUAACAUGAAUUUUGAGUUUGUUGCUUCCGGACAUUAUGCAAAAUUUAUUCACCCCUUUACAGAUGAAACCAAUGAGCUUUCAUUUCUUCAGUUGUCAAAGGAUAUGGUAGGAAAAGAGGAAACGUUAGACAAGUUUGAGCUUCAUGCAAAGAUAAAGCUGCUGCCAGAUCAAUGGACACUUGAAUCUGGAUUAUUGACAGCCGCACUCAAGUUAAAGAGGGAACAAUUGAAGGCCAAAUUUAAGGAUUAUAUGCAAAAGCUAUACGAGUGA